ACGAUCUCUGGCUUAUUACUGCUGUCCGCAGGAAACGGGUCCCAGCGUGGAAAAGUAACGGAAACCGGAGAGGCACGAUUGAUGUGAACUGCCGGCAGAAGACUAAGUGCAACAUGUGUUUGAAAAUGGAUGGAGAUGACCUUUAUUGACAAUUAAAUCACACCACAAUCAAGUUAUAGGUAAUAUGAACCACUUCUUUUAAUUUGUUUAACAACCUUAGCACCUCGCGCAUAAACAUGUCUUUGGAGGAAACUUUCGUUUUCGCUCCGCAAGGAGAAACCGGCUCUGACCUCAACACAUCAUCUCCGAAGUCUAGCGAACAUCUUACGUGGCAUCCAGGUACGGCGAUCGCCGCCGCGUACGGUCUCGUCAUACUCGUCGGACUCAUCGGCAACAUAACCCUGAUCAAGACUUUCUGGACAGUAAAGUCCAUGAGAAACGUCCCCAACCUCUUCCUGUCCAGCCUGGCGCUGGGCGACCUGCUGCUGCUGCUUACCUGCGCGCCCGUCGAUGCCAGCCGCUACCUGGUGGACGAGUGGCUCUUUGGGCGGGUGGGCUGCAAACUUCUACCCUUCAUACAAUACACCUCCGUCGGGGUCUCCGUCUUUACGCUCACGGCUCUGGCUGCAGACAGAUACAAAGCCAUUGUCAAACCACUGGACAUGAAGACCUCCAACGCCACAACAAAGAUAUGCAUCCGAGCUGUGUCCAUCUGGAUUUUUUCUAUGGCUCUUGCCAUUCCCGAAGCCAUCUUCUCUGAUCUUCACACCUUUAGCAUCUCCAGAACCAAUGACACCUUUGUGACAUGCGCCCCCUAUCCCCACACGGGGGAUCUACACCCCAAGAUCCACUCCACGGCCUCCUUCCUUAUGUUCUACAUCAUUCCACUCCUGAUCAUUUCCAUCUAUUACACUUUCAUUGCCAGGAGCCUGUUAAGCAGUGCGUCCAAUAUGCCCAUCGAACCCAACGUGCAGAUCGCGAAGCAGAUUGAGUCACGCAAGAGGCUCGCCAAGGUGGUCCUGGUGUUCGUGGGCCUCUUCGCCGUGUGCUGGCUUCCGAAUCACGCCAUCUACCUGUACCGCUCCUACCGCUACCCUCAGGUGGACACCUCCCUGGCGCACUACAUCUGCAGUGUGUGCGCGCGCCUCCUGGCCUUCGCUAACUCCUGCGUCAACCCGUUCACCCUCUACCUGCUGAGCCGUGGCUUCCAGAAGCAGUUCAACAAGCAGCUGUGCUGCGGGCGGACGCGGCUCUCGCUGCGCCCCCGCAUGGCCGGCCGCAGCAACACGCGCAUCACCUCGUUGAAGAGCACCAACCCGUCUCUGCCCAGCUUCAGCCUCGCCAAGGCCAGCCUCCAAGCCCAGGAUGGCACUGCCAGAAGAUGAUUCCACACAGGUUUAAGAGUUAGGAGCCAUAAUGGCCGUUCCCAG